GCUGCGGGGGCGUUCGGUUAGGCUGCGGGCUCGCUGUGCUUUGAGGCGGGCCCGGGGGCGUUGCUGGGGUGAUGGCAUCCAGCUACCACCCAAGUGCAGAGCAUUGGAAGAAAAGAGCAGCAAAAGUUGAAUUGAAUGACACCCAAAAGCAAGAAAUUAAAGAAGCCUUUGAUUUGUUUGAUGUUGAUGGGUCUGGAACCAUAGAUGUGAAAGAAUUGAAGAUUGCCAUGCGGGCCUUAGGAUUUGAACCAAAGAAAGAAGAAAUUAAAAAAAUGAUAGCUGACAUUGACAAAAACGGAAUUGGCACCAUUGGUUUUGAAGAUUUUUUUGCCAUAAUGAGUGUGAAAAUGAGUGAAAAAGAUGAAAAAGAAGAAAUAUUGAAGGCUUUCAAAUUAUUUGAUGAUGAUGAUACAGGAAGCAUAACACUAAGUAAUAUCAAGAGGGUUGCUAAGGAACUAGGAGAAAACUUAAAAGACAAUGAACUUCAGGAGAUGCUUGAUGAAGCUGAUCGUGAUGGCGAUGGGGAAAUAAAUGAGGAAGAAUUUUUGAGAAUGAUGAAAAAGACCAGUCUUUAUUAAUACUGUUUCUUUGUUCCAUUUUGAAAGUUAACGAAUUUGUAUUUGUUAUGUAGUUUCAUAAUUCAAUAGCUGAAUAUGUUAAUUCUCAAAUUGUUUAAUUAUGACAGAUUGGCCUUUUGAUGGUUAUUCCAUGUGUCAUGUGACGUUUCUAUCAAUGUAUCAUUGUUAAAGCUACAUCUCAAGAAACAAAGGAAAUGGGAUGACUUCCUUUAAGGAUGACUCUAAGGACAGUGUUAAUCUCAACUGCCAUUUUUUAAAGCUCCAGGAUCCAAAGUCUUAGGACUUUUGUUUUUUAGAGUUUAAUGAACUUGGCCCAACAUAAAUAAAUUUUGCAAACACAUCAUUACAUUCCCUAUUAUUUUCCUUUUAUGCAACUUUAAAAAUCCUGAUGAGCAUUUGCUUUUGAAUCAGUUAUUCAGGUAAAGUAUUAAAUAAAACUGUCAACUAUCUUA